AUGAAAACUACUGCCACUGCUGCUGCGGUGGCGUCCUAAGUAGGCUAUGGUGGCGUCUCUGCGAUCAUCUAGUGUCGUGUGUGAAGGGGAGUGCCGCUAGUGAGGGGGUGUGAGUGGCAAGUGCAGCUCGUGUGUGUGUGUGUGUGUGUGAACAAGAAUUAUGCAGAACUGAAAAAAAGAAAGCUCAAGAAAUAGUACGAAUACGUCGUGUUGCCGUGCAGAAAAUGUUAUGUACAAGUAAAGCAGGGAGGUUCGUCGUCUGAAGACGCUCACAGAAUAGGAAAAUAGUGGAAAAUACGAGUGACUGAUAUUCGAGCUAGUGGUACUGGUGCUAGUGUGUGUUCAGUGCAAGAGAGCAUUGGCUCGUGGGUGUGAUGUGUGGGCACAGUGUGCAGCUGGGCAGUGGCGGCGCGCAAUGUACCGGAGAUCCGCGCAGCUCAGAAUGAGGAGGGACCCGUGCCGAGUGCAGAAGUGUGCGCAGCAGCAUCAGUCACGUCGGUCGUGUCAGCCGGGUGCGGUUGUGUUGAGCGGUGGUGGUAAGCUUGCCGGUGCGUUGGUAGCUGUAGACGGCGUCGUUCGUGACGCCCGACCUCCCACGACCAUCCGGUGUGUGCGCAAUCGAAUCAGUCGUCAAUGAGUCACGUUCGUUACAACCAGAGACUUCAGGAGCCGUACGAGCAGGAGUGGCAGCAGCAGCAGCAGCAGGAGCACGAAGAGUGGUACCGUGGUAGUAGUGAGCGUAGUAGCGAGGACCGCUCUAGGUCGUCGCAGCAGCUGCGGCAACAGCUGCGGCAACACCAGCAACAGGAGGACGAGGAUUCGAUCGAGGAAGUGGUACGGUUGCACCAGCAACAGCUUCAGCAGCAGCAGUAUUCGGGGCCGGGCACCUCGUCAGUUCGUCGACGUUCGGCCGGUGUGCAAGUAGGGGGCGGAGGCGGCGGCGCGCUUGGUUGUAGCGGGGGUGCUGGGGGACGGGGCUUCGUUGCGGCGGUUGGCGGUGUUGUCGGGCAGGGAUUCCUUGCACUACGGCGGACGCGGGUUCGUGCCGGUUGCGCCUCAUAGCACGGCCGGAACAGCGCUGCCAACAGCCAGAGCCCGAAGCUAGUCGUCGUUUCACGCGCCCGACGUAGACUAAUGCAGUGGCGGAAGUUCGCACGGCUGAAAACGACUGCUACCGGACAUUCGCGGACGCGAAGAAUGCUUUGUUGUGGCCGAAGAAAGGAAAAUGGAAGAUCUGUGCCUGACCUCACUGCAAGCCCCGGGCGGGCACCGCCGGGUCCGAUGCCUUCCCACCAGGCGCAGGUUCUCCAGCAGCAGCAGCAGCAGCAGCAACACCAGCAACAGGGCCUGCAGGGACACCAUCAGCAGCAGCAGCAACAACAGCGACAGGGCUCGAAGGAGCCCGUCCUGCUACAGGGUGACUUCCGGAAGGUGUCCGGCAUCAGCUCGGAGAUCUUCCGGCAGAUUGAGGCGGUGGAGAAUGACCACGACCCGAGCACGGCGGCUGCUUUGGAGGUGGUGGAGCGGAGGGGCGAAAUGAUAGUGCGCAUCCUGGAGCCCAGAUGUAUGGGCAGCCGACAGGCCAUCGAAGCGGGCCAGAAGUUCCUCAACAAGAGUGACGCCAGACACACGGUUCAGCUGGUGGAGAUCGUCAAACGACCGGGCCAAACGCUGGGCCUGUACAUCCGCGAGGGCAACGGAGCCGACCGGUCGGAUGGCGUGUUUAUAUCUAGGAUAGCUUUAGAGUCGGCCGUUUACAACAGCGGCUGCCUGAGGGUUGGCGACGAGAUAUUGGCCGUGAAUUUGGUGGACGUAACGCGGAUGUCGCUGGACGACGUGGUCAUCAUCAUGUCGAUACCGCGCCGGCUCGUACUCGCCAUCCGUCAGCGGCGCGGCAACCGGGGCUCCAACUCGCCCGGUCCGCCGCAGAUGUCCCGGCCGGAGCAGAAACCGCCGCCAGUGGUCGUGAUCAAGCGCGACCUGCGCGACGAGGACCUGGACGACUCGGAUCGGGCGCCGCGCUCCUCCCGCUCCUCGCGCGAGCGUCGCACCGGCGAUGGGCGCGAAAUGACCGAGUCGCGCUCCCGCCUGGGACUGGGCCUAAACAAUUACAGUCCGCAGAGCGAGCAGCUCGAUCUGUACUACGGGGCGGGCCGUGGGCCGGGCGGAGGCCCCGGCCCGGCCGAGACGCCCAACUGGGGAUACAAGCCGCCGGCCCCGCCCUCGUCGGUCAUCACGGAGCAGCCGAAGGGGAUGCAUGGCGGCUUCCAGACGUCCCACUCCUACUACCAGAAUGCGGGCACGCUCGAGAGCCUCGCGGAGAAGGUGCACGCGUUCUACCCGUCGGCCACCACCAGCCGGCGCAUGUCGGCCGGCCCGGCCGGAGUCGCCAUGAGCCAGUCGCACCAGCGGUUCCCGCGCAGCGGCUCCGACCAGCACCUGCCGCGCGUCGAGUACGCCGACUACGCUUCCCUGGGGCGGCAUCCGCUGCUGGCCCGCUCCAGCCUCAAGUCGGAUCUGGUCGGGGCGGCGCCGAUUGCGGGCGGCACGCUCGGGCGGUAUGGGCGGUACGAUGCGCCGCCACCGCAGUCCCGCGCGCCCAAGUACGGCCCGUCGCCGCUCGGCGCAACCGGUUCGCUGCAGCGUCGCUCCCGCCCCGCCCUGGACUACUCGAGCGACACGGAGGCGACGAUCGGGCCGCGGCCCAGCUACUACUACUACAACCAUCCGGCGAUGGCGGCCAGCGGCACGAUGGGAGGGCGCGGCAGCACGCAGGCCCUCGGCGGAGGGCCCGAGUUCGCCAAGUUCAACUCGCUGCCGCGCGAACGGCCCGGCGCGACCCGGCUCGGGCUGCGCGGCCGCAUCACCGAUCGGCUGCAGGACGAGGCGGACGGGAACGUGUCCGCGCCGGAGUACUCGCUGCCGAUCCGGCGCGACAUUCGCGAUCUGCGCAACCGCAUCACGGCCAGCCCGUCCAUCUUCACCUCGGACGAGUACCGGGCGUGGCUGCGACGGGCGCCGAGCAGCUCGGCCAUCUGCGAGCAGAUGCGGGCGUCGCGCGACCUGCUCAACCAGCAGCGCGCCCACCGCUUCUCGUGCAGCGCGGAGAACAUCCACGACGUGCUGAAGAACACCGAGCACAUCUACAGCAGCCGGACGGGGCUCGGCAUGGGCGGGGCGGGCGCAGGGGGUGGAGUGGUCGGAGGCACGCUGGAUCGCCACUCGAUGGCGGCCGGCGGUCCGCGCAUGUCCUCGCUGCCAGUGCGCUCGCUGUCCUCGCAGCACAUCGGCGGCCCGUCGUCGAUCCGAUCGCCGAGCGUGCGGCGCAUGCGACAGCUGCUCGAGCUGACGCAGGGUGCGGGCGUGGGCGGCGUGCCGGGCUCGGUCGUGGCAGCGCUGACCGGCCACCAGAGCCCGGCGCCGACGCCCAGCACGACGCUGCCCCGGGCGCACCGCCAGAUCGACAUCAAUCCGGCCGAGUACACAAAGUACAAGCUGGACAAGCCGGUCGUGGACGCGGUCGGCAUGUCGGGCAUGCUGUGGAUACACCUGCUGGCCGGGCGGGGCCUGCGGGCGAUGUCGGAAACGUCCCAGAUCCAGCAGCCGCUGAUCCGCGACCUGUACUGCGUGCUGGAGUGCGACCGCAUCCACAAGGCGCGCACGGUCGUCCGGUCCGGCGAUCUGCAGUUCGACUGGGACGAGUCGUUCGAGCUGGACCUGGUGUGCAACAAGCAGCUGGACGUGCUCGUCUACUCCUGGGACCCGCAGCACCGGCACAAGCUGUGCUACCGUGGCGCCCUUUCGCUCACGACCCUGCUACGACAAUCACCGAUACAUCAGCUAGCGCUAAAGGUUGAACCGAGAGGCACCAUCUAUCUGCGACUGCGGCACACGGAUCCAUUCCAGCUGUUCCGGCGCCGCGGGCUGCCAAGCCUCCGGGGCAACGUGCCCGCGCUGUUCGGUGCCGAUCUCGAGACGGUGGUCACGCGUGAAUCGAAGGGAGCGCCGGGCUGUGCGCCGGUCCCGAUCAUACUGCGCCGCUGCGUCGAGGAGGUCGAACGGCGCGGUCUGGACAUUAUCGGUCUGUAUCGUCUCUGCGGUUCCGCCACCAAGAAGCGACUGCUAAGGGAGGCGUUCGAGCGGAACAGCCGCGCCGUGGAGCUGACACCGGAGCACGUGCCCGACAUCAACGUCAUCACGGGCGUGCUGAAGGAUUAUCUCAGGGAGCUGCCGGAGCCACUGUUCACCAAGUGUCUCUUCCAGAUGACUGUGGACGCCCUAGGUAGUGUCUGCCUGCCGGACGAUCCCGAGGGUAAUGCCAAACUCAUGCUCAGUAUUCUGGACUGUCUGCCACGAGCGAACAGGGCCACCCUCGUGUUCCUGCUCGACCACCUGUCGCUGGUCGUGUCCGCUGCCGAGCGCAACAAAAUGUCGGCCCAGGCGCUGGCGACCGCCCUGGGACCACCGCUGAUGCUGCAUUCGGCGAGCGUCGGCGCCAACGAAGAGAUCGAUCACGCACAACCGAUCGCGGUGCUGAAGUACCUGCUGCAGAUCUGGCCCCAGCCGGGCACGGGCACGGGCGCUCCCACUUCAGGUCGGCGCGGCGAGCCAGUCGAGCCGCGUGGAAACAAAGCCAGUGCGUUGCAAGCGGGCAAGUCGGCGGCGCUGCAGCAGCAGCAGCAGCAGCAGCAGCAGCAGCUGGGCAGCACCAUCAGCCACCGCAGCAGCAGCAGCUCCAACAUCCAGCAGCAGCUGCGCAGCACCAGCAGCACCAACUUGGCGGCCACCAGCAGCUCCAUCAGCUCCAGCAUCAGCAGCCGCAGCCCGCACGCCCUGGCCAGCAGCAGCAGCAGCAGCAACAUCCAGUCGUCGGUACCACCGUCUAUACAGCCCCGUACAGCAGCCAACAAUCCAUCAACCACAUCCUCAACGCUCGGUCAGCAUCUGCUCUCAGCCACUCCCAGCACUCUUCAGUAUCAAUCAGUAGUGGCUCAGUUAGCUCAAUCGCAUCGAGCCUUGCAACAAGCGGGCCAACAGCCCCAUCCAUCGGAGGUCUCAGCGGGCUUGGCGGAGCGCGUCCAAUCGCCACAUCACGCCACACCCUCCCCAAGCUCUAGUUCCACUUCGUCCGCGUCCGGUUCUGGGUCGGGUACUGAUACAAUUAAACGUGGAGCAUCGCCCGCCUCGGUGAAGUUCAAGGAGUCUACCAGCAACUAUUCGCUCAAGUCGGACACGCAGAGCCGCAUUCUGGGCGGCGCGAGACAGCACUCGCAACAACCAUCCUACACGACCGCGGGCGGCGCCAGCAUCAGCAGCAGCAACGGGGGCAAUGGUGCGUCCGGUACCGGGGCCACCUCGUACGACCUGCUGCACGCCCGCACGGGCGGCCUGUUCGCAUCCAGUGCCGGUACCGACUACCUGUCGUCGACGUCCUCGAUCGCGUCCUCGAUCGCUUCGUCGGCGGCCGGUGCCGGUGCCGCCACUUCGGCCGCCGGACUGUACGGUAAGGUGGGCGGUGGUGCGGCCGCCACUUCCGCGCCGCUGACCAGCACGCUCAACAUCACCACGUUCAGCUUGGACGAGAAGAACAACCUGGUCGUGUCGCCGUCCCCGUCGUCCGCCUCGGAAUCGUCGUACCGGUCGUCCAGCCCGGCCUCCAGCAUCCAGCGCGACAAGUCGCCGAACAAGUCGUCCGGCUCGCCGUCACCGUUGCGCCGCCAGGAGCCGCUCGAUCGGGCCGACAGUUUGCCUGCGACCGGGGCGACCUCGGGCCCGGGCACGAGCGCUGCAUCGACGGUCGCCGCCACGACGGCAUCGUCCGGCGCCGGCUCGUUCAUGUCGUCGCUGCGCAGCCAAACGCUGGGCAGCUACCAGUUCCCCUCGACGAGCCUCAAGCUAACCAGCCAGCUGAGCAGCGGAUCGUCGGGCCAGGAUGCAUCGGACGAUGGCAGCACAUCGUCGCUGCUGCGCAAGCUGACCUCCUCGCUGUCGCGCACGAUCGUAAGCAAUACGGGCACGUUGCCGCUGUCGCUCGGCCGCGAGAAGCUGGCGGAGCUGUCCUCGACCGCUGGUGGUGGGACGGGAGCGACCGCGGGCAGCGGCUCGGCAGGAGCGUACUCGAGCAGCAGCGGCAUUGGCAGCAUCAGCAGCAGCAUCAGCAGCAGCAUCGGCAGCAGCAACGCUAGCGGCAGCGGUCUGCGCACGAUGAGCACCUCGCUGGGCUACUCGGGCAUUGGCGGCGGCGCCUCGACACUGGACGGUGGUGCCGGUGGGGUAGGGGGUUCGUCGUCUGGCUCCAGCUCAGUCACGACAGCGGCGGCCGUCACGAGCAUGAACAUCUACGGCACACUGCCCAAGAACUCUUCCAUCUACUCGUCGUACGGGGUCGGUUCGGGCACGUCCGUGAGUGGCUCGUCGGGUAGCGGGCUGUCGGGGCUGCUGUCCGGUACGACUAGCUCGUACGGCAUCAGCGAGCGGCUGAGGGCGCUCACGUCGGGUGGUAGCGUUGGGGAUGGAGCGGCCGAUCGGUCCACCGGGGGCGUUGAAAGCGCUGGCGGCACCGGCUCAUCCGCGGGCGAUCUCGAAAGCAGCGGGUACGAUUACGAAUCGUCCGGCUUUUCGUCGGCCUCGUACAGCGGUAUGGCCACGAGCGGCGCCUCGAUCGGGUCGGGCGGGGGGCUCUCCUCGUCCUACUUUAGCACCGGAAGCAACAGUAGCCCCUUCGCAACCAUGUCCGGUGGUGGUGGUGGUGGUGGGGGAGCAGGUGGUAGUGGCACGGGUUCAACGGCCACGGACACCAACCCGUACCGGGUGCAAUACUCGUCCACCAAUCCCUUCCUGCCAAGCUUUAAUCCCACGAGUGACGGUAGUAACGGUCGAGCAGACUCGAAAACAUCGAACGGCGAUGAACCGUUCGACAUGAAGUAGAGGGGAACAUCGAACACACAGGGUAGCAAGAAACGAGGAAAGGAACACAAAAACACAAACGAAACGAAAGAAGAAACAAACAGUCAGUAUUACAAAGACAACCGCGGGCCAUUUUGUUUGCGGGUAACGUAACUGUGUUCCGUAGAACUUUAUUGAGCGUUUUCAACACACAAACACAUGGACAAGAGAGACAGGAGAGGGUGCGAGGCAAGGUAGGAGAUGUAACAAUCAAAUGUUCUUUGUUUGUGGUCUGGUUUUUACUAGACAUAGUGUAAGAGAAGUACUAACACGUUGACAUUCACUUACCUUACGCAAAUCCAAUUUGACAAUUAAUCUUAUAGUAGUUUUAUUAGAUGAUUUCCAUUCUUGGAAUCUAACUCGAAUUGUUCUGCUUAUUGAAAUGAACGAAUGGGGGGAAAACGACAUGGAUGGAGAAGGAACGAGAGAAAGAGAGAAAGAGAGAGAGAAAGAGAGAGGGAGAGAAGGAGAGAGAGAGAGAGAGAGAGAGAGAGAGAGAGAGAAAAAAAAUCGACAAGUAGAAUAACUGUUAGUGUGUUUACUUUCGUUUCCGUGCAAGGCUACGUUCUUGUUAUCAUUGUUAAGGAUAUUAUCGUGCCGGUUGCUCAUUUGUAAACGUCAAUGAGUUGAACUGUGCGUGUGUUGUUUUAUUCGUAACAAAUACACACUCAAAAUAGAAAUAAAGAAAAUCUAAAUAGCGAAACACCGGUUCGGUUAGGCGAGACAAAGUUAGGUUCGAAAGAAAACAAUGAAGGCAAACUUUCAAAUGAGUUAAAUCUGCAAAAGUUAUAACGACUAUAGUGAAAAAAGGCAGGUCAUUUAAUUGUGGCAGCAGUAAGGAAAGGAAACUCUCGCUAACGGAAAGCAUAGACAAAUUAACGUAUAUUAACGACACGCUUUAAUCGGAAAAUGAGAAAGUGAGGAGUAAAACACAUGAACGUUAUAAAUAGUGUGAAAUACUAAUACGAUGCUUGCCAUCCCAGGGGGUCCCUGAGGGUUCAACUGGUUGGCACAAAACGUUAAUACCAGUCAGCGAGGAAGCAGAUCAAAUACAAAAAAGCAACCAAACCAUACGAAACAGAACGAAAUGAAUUGUGCAAAACCAUGACAUAGCUAAAAAGGAAAAACCGCCUAGCUACACUUUAUACAAGCAAGUAAAUGUACUAGAAUAGAACACGUAACUUCACGUAUAUACAAAUUGCAACAAAAGCAACAACACUUACAAAAUAAAACUGAAAAGUAUAAAUUGUGGGAGAAGCAAAACAAGUAACUAAACGAGGAAAGAAACGAGGAUCGAUAAUGCAAGCAAAAAGGAAAUAGGAUCACAAAACCAGAACAGGAACAGGAAGUGCAAGUAAGCACAUGGCGAAGGAAGGGCGACACAUACAAUAAUUAAAAGCGAAACCGAACAAGACUAAUGACAUUUUGCUGUUUUCCUCACCCGUUGCGGCGUACACUGAACCCCAGCUUGAAGGUGUGUGUGCGCGUGCGUGUUUUUCGGUUGGUGACCGUUAUCGGGUGGGGAGAAAAGAGAACUAACAAAAGAAAGUGCAUGGACCGCCAGAACAAACCUACUUAACUACGCAAUUUUACGCAAGCCAACAGCGCACCCGCAAUGCUUGCAAGCACGAUUUACUAUAUGCAGGGAGAGAGAGAGAGAGAGAGAGAGAGAGAGAGAGAGAGAAAGAGGAGGGAGAGAACAUUGAUAAAGACAAAGAUAAAUGAUUACGAACAAAUAGAGCUUUCGUUUCGUCAGAUAGAACAGUUACUAUUAGCCAAAAGCGAAUCGAUUCAACUGAGGCAGAUGCGAUGCGUGAAUGUGAGUGUGUUAAGUUUGUUAGGGCGCCAGACCAUGGUUGUCUGGGAGGAGGUUUUGUUUUGGGUUAUGUUAGUGUUUUGCUAAAGAUACGCACGACAGUGCGGCGUGCAGUGUAAAUAGUAAUCGAGCUAGAAAUGAAGCAAAAUGGCAACGAAUCAUGAAUAAACGUGCAUCUGUAUCAUCCGUAUCCAUCAUAUAGGUAGUGGAAACAUUAAACAAAAUACACACACACACACACACAAACAAACAACUGUAGCGUGAUUGUCCCCAGCUUUUUGCUGCGCGUAACGCCAGAGCUAACGCAGCCGGUGCUGGGAGUGUAGCGAAUUCCUUUGCACAGCCCGUUGAGCGUACAAUACUCAAUCGUAUGCAAUUUUCCGGCUGUAUGAUCCCUUCCAACAUGUUGCACAUUUCAUGUCAAUUUUGUGUCGUAUUUAGGAGAAAAGCAAGGAGAAAAAAAAACAAAAAACAAACAGUACUCCAGGUUUGGAAAAUGUCUAUUUGCGUUUGUGUUUGCCUCAACUUAGCACUCGAAUAGAACCUCCUAUCAUGCGUAUCGUUUUUCGUAUCGAUCACUCAUCAGAGAAGACAACAGGGUAAGUCGAUGGAGAAAUCGGUUAGCGAAUUGAGAAUUGUCGAUCAAGGAAUUGGCUGCACGUAACGUAACCUUUUCGAACAAACACUUGUCAAAACAGUUGAGUAACGUAAUACCGAUGAAGUUUCGAUCGAUCUACACGUCUGCACGGGUCGAUCGGUCAUAAAAUGUUGAUCCUUGUUUGUUUCGUUUUCAAUCUGUAUCUCGUACAUAUUCUCAUAAACUGUUCGUUGUACCACAUAGUUAGUGUUAUCUGGCGCACACAAUGGCGUGCCCGGUGUGUUAAGCGUCCUCUCAGGUUGGGACGGAUCCAUUUUCCAUCUUGAGCUUGUUUCCCUUUUCCAAAACGGAUCACAAACUGUACGAAAUCGUAAGGAUGCUCGCUACAAUUAUGCAAAACAGCUUUAAGUGAGAGAGUAAAAGGGGUUUAGCAGAUGGUCUAAACAGCAUCGUGUAAAAGCUUUAGGGCUGCUUGAUUGUGUGCGCUUUCCUAUUUCCCCUAAAUGAUGAUGGAAACAGAGGGGCCUCUCCCAUCGCUCUCUCCGCGCCAUCAACCUUCUUGCUCGUCGCUAUUAUGAGCAUCGGGUGCCAUCGUACGCACCCCCAAUACUUACCAAAACGUAACCACAAGUAAAACCAGUAACGCAUUAAUCGAAUCGAUAGUUGUAAAUAAAUCAGUCAAUUUCGUUAGAGCCAUCGUCGUUAGCAAAUGCAAGGAAUUUAUUCCCCUCUUUCCGAGGGGUAAUGUGACAAAAAGAAAUGAAGAAAAGCAAAGAAAAGCAACUAACAUACAAAAGAGGGACACACCAUUUACCUUCACAACAGACUCAGACUUACUGAAAUUUAGCAAAAGGAACCCAUGUGACUAUUACAUACAACAAAAAAACAAGAAAUAUAUUAGCAACUACUACCACUAUUAUCCAUCAUCUAACAUCUUAACAUACCAAAAGCAGAGGCAAAAUCUCCCAUUAGCUUCUAGUAAAGUGCAGCCAGAAGUAACCUAUUGUUUAGGAAGGUUUUUGUUUAUCUGUGUUGUUUAGGACGUUGAACAUCAAACACGAAGAAUCGAAAGGCAAUCGAAAGGAAACACACAGUGAAGAAUACGUGAAAAAGAGAACCAAAACUACAAUCGCAUUGUCAUUACUAUUCAGCUACUAUUCAGCUACUACUACUACUACUAAUACUACAACUACUACUACUACUGCUACUACCCGUUACUACCGUUUCACUCGUGCAGGGGAAGAAAAGAGAGAAAGGUUUUCAAUCGUUUUUAACUCAUCGAAACUAUAACCGUUUAAAGAAAAAUGUUUGAAUUUUGGGUGGAGAUGAAACAGGGGAAAAGGGAAACAUUGAAAAACCAACGACAAACAGCCUUUUCGUUUUGUCUGCUGCCGUUUAAGAAUCCCGUUCGCACAACGAUCCAACGAUGAUCGACCGAUCGCUGCCACACACAUACACACACAUAUUAAAGUUCAAUCGUUCGACCUCAAAAAAUGAUUUGUUUACGCACACGCUGAAGACAUUACGCUAUGGCUGGGUUUUGCAAUCAUGCAAAAAAAAUGAACACUAUCUGCCUCUGUCGACGUUUGAAUGCCUGCGAACCGUUCUGUACACUGUCGUACUGCCUGCACCACCCACACCACCGGCCCAAAUGCCCGCCCGACUGCCGCAAAUGCCGAGUGUCCAACAAGCUGAGCUGAUGCUCUACGAAGCGCCGUUGUUGCUACUGCGCCGCCAUUUUGCCCUACGGACGUCGUCGUUGCUAAUGUGUAUGCUGUAUGCCGUUACUGAUGUUGCUAGUGAAAAGAGUGAGCGCAAACCGUGAGGAUGUAAGUGCAGAAAGCGAACAUAUUCACUAGAUUGAUGGUUUAGUGCUCCAUUUAAAUCAUUCAACUGUUGCUAUGUUGUUGGUACCCAAACUCAAAACCACGCACUGGAAGUAGAAGAAGGAACUAAAACACACAUAUAAACACACAGACAACAUACAUACACACAUACUGAAUAUCAUACCGUUUCAUAUCGUCAACGUUUACAAAUCACGUUCUUAGACACAAACACACACCCCACAACACCGUUUACACACCCUACAAAACGUACUGGUGAUGAUGAGAAUGAUAGGUAUCAAAUAUACAUCUAAAUAUAUAUAUACAAACACAUAAUAUAUAUAUAUAUAUACACCCACAUACAUACAUAUAUUAGUGAAAAACUCCAACUAAUGAAGCGAAACCAAAACAAAACAAAAUAUGAACGAUCAUUUCCAGCAGAGAUGAUCAAGUUUUGAGGAAUAGAAUUGUAUAUUCCAUUGCAGCAGUAGCAACACGGCAGCACUCAACAGGGCGACACACUUGUUUACAGUGAAUAUUAUUAGGGGAAAGCACUGUUUUUGUUUGCUGUAGGUGUUGUGUUUUAGAAGCUUUUUUUAAAAUGCACCAAAUUGAAAAUGGAAAACAGAUACACAAUACCUACGAAUCGUUAUGCACGUCAACACUUACAACCAUCACAAAUCUUUAAACAACAUUCCGCUAGCUUCUAAUCUGUUCCAUCCGUGUAGCCUUACUUACUUACUUACUUACUUACUUGCUUAUCCGGCAACUAGAAUCAGUGUAGCCAAGUACAGCGAAACAUAAAGCUACAGGGGAAAAAGCAUACAAGCUUUUUUACGUUUGCAUACAUGACGUUUGAAUGCUGCAAUAGCAAUAGUAGCUUUCAGUGCAAUCAGUAUUUCCUGAUUAGAGUUGGUUAUUCGUGCCUCAUUGUCUUUGAUUUGUUCAUUCCAUUGCACUCGCUCAACAUGGCAAGCGCAAAAAUGCAGCAACUCAACUCCAAACGAAACAGAAAAACCAAAGAAACCAAGUAAUUAAUGGAACAAAAAAAAAGCUAACUAGGUAGCAGAUACACGAUUAAUCACCGAUGAUCUCUUUGAUGUAACUUUCACUUGGUGCGCAGGAGAACAAAAAAAAACACACUAGCUACCGGAAAGAGAACAAAAGAAACAAAAAACGAACAAACAAAGCGACAACUAAAUCUCUAUCAGCCCAAUAAAUAUGAAAUAACAUUGAAAGUUCUACUGAUCGUUUUAAACAGGUACGAAACAACUUAAACAGAAAUAAAAGAAAACUAAAAACUGUACCAUAAACGCAGACAAAUGUCCGCUCGCUCGCUGUAUACCAAGAAGGACAUUAGAAAGAGAGAGAGAGAGAGAGAAAAAUACGGCAGAAAAUACGAAAUGCGAAAAAAAACCGAAGCAACAAACUCACAGACCAAACGAAAACACAGCUACAGACAAACCCGGUACCCAGUAUGGAUAAGUGAGCGAUAGUAGCGAUUAAGUUAUGAUAAGUUUUUUGCACUUUACAAACACUUUUGAUCUACAAGCAGAGCGGGCUGCAGAACCGGGAAGUGAAAAACGAAAAACCAACCAACCAAACGAACACAUGGAACACGAGACGGAACAAUCAGCUUACAAGCAACCGCAAACGUGAACGUGUAUUUGCAUUUAAACCGAUUUUUGGCACGCCAAAACAAACAAGUUUUUGCUACAAUAUUUCUCUUUCUUUUGAAGGAACUCUGGAAGCAACUGUCCGUCGCACUGGAUAACGAGGAGGGGCAGAAGGAGGAGACGAAUAGGGGGGAGUAAAGAGGGAAGCAGUUUAAGGUUUAAGGUCUAACAAUCUACAUAUAAUUCGCUCCCUCUAGAUAACUCUUCAUGUCCUUCAUAGAGGAAAUAUACAAUUUGCAAGCAGCACAUUUCAUUCAACACCGAAGAACCGCGACCGCGUUUGGGCCGGUUUUAUUGCAAAUCCCACCAAAUUGCAGACAUGUUUUGUUUUGGGUUAACAUUUUUACCUAGAUCUGUAACUAUCUCUACGCCAAACAUAAGAAAGGAAUCGAACGCUGCAAUGGGCAUCGGUGGGUUCCAUCAUUAUCAUCGCACGCAGUGAGUUAGCUUUUGUGCUGUGGUUUGCAUACCUUACAGGCGCGUACUGUGCCAGCGAGGGGCAUAUUCGCUGGCGUCUCACGUCUCGGAUCUCGGGCGGUGUAUGAACGAGUGCAUGAAGGAGAGCUUUUGCGUGCAUGUGUUUUGGCAAGGGAAAAGGAAGGGAAAGGCAUUCUUAUCAGUUGUUCACGUUAAUCUCUCUCGGACUCGUUUUUCUGCAAACCAGAUCCGGCCCCAGGCACGAUUUUCCCUCGCAUAACUUACACUUACUACUUUCUCAGCACCGGCACACUGUGCGGCACACGGACCGCUCUGGUGUCGGUAUGGGUAUAGGUGGCCGGUUGCUGGGAGCUUUAAAUUCCAAGCAUAUCAUAACGGUGAGCGACGACAGCAAGGCGUCGAAGCAGGGCAGGUAGCGUCAGUAGCAAGCGUAGUGCGGCACCGGAGGGCAUUCUUACCUACUUACAACUAUACUCGGCUAAAGCUAGAAACGGGAGCGAUAGGUAGUGAUCAUUUCUUAGCGUAUGGGUUGCAUGAAAGGUGUUGGAAUCGCAGACACAUCCAAACAUACUCGUAUACACACACACACACACGCAAGGCAACGGUGGAAUGUGAAACUAACCUAUAUUUUGAUAACGUUUUACAAUACAAUAGGAGGUUUUGCACUGCACACUGCACGUUGCAUGGCGUGCGCGCGUUCCAUUAGCUCUCAUUAGUUUAGGGAACUCAAGAAACUAAAAGACAAUGUGGUCAGUUGGGACAAGUGUCAUCUGCGCAGCCGGCACGACAGUGAUUGUGAUUUUUGUUUUACAAGUGUUUGCUAGCGUAAAGUAAAGAACCGCAUCAACAUCAGCAAACAAUUAUAAAAAUGAGAUUAAAAAAAUCAUUUCAAUUCUUGGGAAAGAUGCGCGUAAACAUGUUGCUAAAGUAAGUUUUACGGUGACAGUUUGUUGUGCAGAUAGCAUACCUUGCAGGGGCUUUGCAGCAAACGCCAAUGAUUCAAUCAACCCCUAUCAUGGCACGCAUAGCAUCGUAUUUGGUUAAUUUUUUCUUUCUUGAAUCUUCUGAUUGUUUCACUUCAUCCUUAAGAAAGAAAUCGUUCGCUUGCCGAGUAGGGCAUACAAUUGUAUGAGGCACCAGGCGCCUCCUUUAAUUUUAAACUCCUGAAUUAAAUGUUCAUUUUCCCUUAAUUAUGCUAAAAAAUCGUAAUUGGUAUGAGUCGUGUAUACAACUCUUAAAACGUCAUUAAAAGAUCAUCAUACUGUGAAGAUUAAGCUGGUUCUAGUUUUAAACAGCAAACAAGAUUGAAUAAAGGAAAGGCUAGAGAAGGAAAAACAGGAACUCGAGUGGAUAUUUCUAGCUUUUCUGCACAGAUUUUUUUUUACAAUAGCGCCUACCAUUCCUACCAUGACUGGUAGUCGGUACGUUUCAUACUGUGCUGUGUAGUGCUGCACACUAUGAGCAAUCGGCAAGUUGGGCCGUUCUUGUUGCUACGUUUAAUCUCGUUUGUUUUUAGACUGCACGCAUUUAUACACAACCACCGUUAGGUACAUCCACUUUUAUAUGCACAUACUUUCACAGACACACCCAUACAUACACUCUUAAACCAACCAGCCAUACAAAACUGUGGCAUAAUCAAUACUUAUGUUAGUGAAGGUUAUGGCAGAUUGACUACACGUGAGCCGUAGGGCGUCUGCUUCAAGGUGGCAAGCAGCCAGGCCAUGUGCAGCGGGCGAUAACGGUAAUGUAAGAUAAAUAUUUCUAUUUCGGCAAACCAUUUUGGGCGACAUCCUAGACCAACCGUAACGAUUAUCAACAUUCCGACGGAGAUCGAGCUAGAAAUAGGACCCUGUUACUGAAGCGCAAGUGAGGUACGAGACAGGACGAUAUUAAACCUAGCAUCACUGUAUCAUACCUUCUGUUAGGGUGGCCUCCAUGGCGAGGUUAAACAAAGUGAAUUGUAAAAAAAGAAGAAAAGCAGUGCGGACAGGGACAGACGUGACGCAACGCAACGGGCACAAAGCCACAAACUGCAAACACAUGAACGUGAAGUCAUUGUAGGUUUGUUCUCGUUUCUGCUCUUUUUUGUGUGGUUGUGUCUUAUUUGCAAACAGCCUGUGUUAUGGCAAAGAUCGGCCAGCGUGUGCUGGUUGUGUCUAGGACUACAGCUUCAAAAGACACGUUUUAGUGUGUACAUAAAUGUGCGGGAAAGUGUUUUAGAAUGAUGGCAAGGAACAUGAUCAACAACAAACCUUAAACACCGCAUGAAUGGGCUGUAAAGCUACAUGGUGAAUGAUAAAAAUCACUUGACGUGGUCGGAAAUAAGAAUUUAAGGCAAGCAAGCUUUUGAUCCACACGAGGCGUCGGUUUUUAUCAAAGAACUUUUUUUCAAACAAAUUUUUUGCUAAUUGUGCGUAGAAAUCUUUUGAAUGAUCUUAAUUGAAAAUGGUUUUAGUUUCAUUUGGAAAAUUGUUCCUUCUUGUUGACAUUCAGAGCUGUUUGAUUGCUCUCAGUUCACUUCAUUGGAUUCUGUUUAAGACUGCAAAAACACACGAAUAAAUACAAACGCAAACCACCAUAAAGUAUCAUUCCACAUAAUUGUACGAAAAAAUAACAACCAAACAGAAACUAAAAAGCAAACAAAAAUGAACCUCCCCCUCCCCAUUUCAACAUGCAUAAAAGAUCACCAUUAAGAGUAGCCAGUAACAGUAACGUAAACAUGAUGCAGCAUAUUAACAAACCCCGUUGAUCGUGCAGAAUACUGCAGCAGCAGACAACAAACCAUAAACGAAUUACACUCAAAUGCGCAAAUGUAAUAGACGUGUAGCUAAUGCAUUAAAACGGAAGUGAUGAACACGGGGUGAAAAGUGUGCAGAAACGGUUAUCGAACAUUCCUCCUCCCUACGCCCCUCACCCAUCGCCUUCCCGCUCUUUGCACUGCGUGGCAAACCAUGUAAAGCAAUUAAUGUCGGCUAAAGCUAUCCUUUACUGUCAUACCCCAUAUGUGUGCGUGUGUCUAUAUGACCCAUUAGGCAUGGCCAUGGGAAUGAUUCGAUGUUUAGAAUGCUUUUCCUCCGUUUCCCACGAACUAGUAUGGGCAUGGUAGUAGGGAGCAACGAUAUAUAGUAAAACUAGGCGUCACACAAUGUAAAUGCAACUCCGGCACACUUAAGCUAGCGUAGAACCCGUUUGCCAGUGGCGAUCAUCGGGUACAGCAACAACAGCAGCAGCAAAACAAACGAACGAACGAACUAAACGCUCAAAUGCUCACUAAUCAAGCAGCGGAAGUGGCAUGAGGCACGGGCGAAUCAGAUGUUUUCCCGUAUUUACGUUGAGUGUAUCGACUAAGACUAACUUUAACCGUUUUUCCAAUUCCAAUCGGCCCUGCCGAGCGUCACUGGGCAUACCGAGUACAUAAAAACCAAAUCAUACCAAUCGACUCAUUAAUGGCAUUUAAAAAGCAAACGUAAUAAAUUACAACUCUCAAACAUUCAACAUAUGAACAAACGUACACAACACACUGAAUACAGCUUAACAAACUCGAUCUGCGUGGUGAAAUGCAGUAGAAAAAAAAACAGGAGGAGAUAAUACUCUAAUGUCUUAACCACUGCCACAGCGUACGAAGAUAAUUAACGAGCGGAGGAAAGGAAACGCAUUACAGAAGAAGAACGAAUGAACGGAAGGGUUACAGAAAAGGCUAAAAAUAAAAACAAAAAACCCAGCAGCAAGAAGUAGCAAACAGAAAUGGGAAAAUCUCAUCUUACGAAUACCGAAACCAAGAGAGCGAGAUAAAAAACACAUAAGCAAACGGAAAGAGGGCUAGAUUAAAAUGGAUGAAGAUAGUCGACAUUCCCUUUAUUGUCUUAUAGGCAGUAGUAGAACAAAAUGGAAGAAAGAAAACAGAUAAAAAAUGAAUAAAAUAAACAAUCCCGCAUUAGUAAAACACACGCCGAGGUCAUUUUGGUGGAAAUGAAACAAAAAAGAAUCAGAAAAAGCAAAAGUGGUAUAACACCGAGCCAAAACGCUUGCUAAACCUGUUGAAUCACGUAGGUAUAGAUCGUUCCAGAUCGACAAGGCAAAAGAAACGAGAAACGUUGAAACAAACAGUGCUUGUGCAGCAGAAGCUAAAUUUACGAAAACAAGAAAUAAAACUCAUCGUAAAAAUGUGCAACAAAGUGUGCAGCAAAUACAACACACAUACUCUUACACCUCUUCAAUAAGAAAAACAGAGACACCCGUACAGAUACACAAAUAGACCAGAGAAAGCGACAACAGAAAACAAAUCCAAGAACGGAACGGUACGAAAAAGAGUGGAG